AUGUCAUUUACGUGUCCAAGUUCAAGAAAAUAUGGAACAAAGGGCCUUUCUUUUGGUUGGAAUGCUUUAAUAAAUAUUAGUCCAGUUUAUAGAGGAUUUAAUCUUUCCAGCUGUAAACAAUCAAAUAAUGCUUUAGACUUGGAUCCAGUUUGCCAUGCUUGGAUAGCAAGUUUAGUUUUAAGCUGGAUUUUAUUUGUAACAUAUUUUGUAUCAAUAAUUUUCACUUGGCGUGCAUCAAAAGAACGUCUUAAAACUGGUAUUGACCUAAGUUCCUUGCCUUCACCUAAAUCGCCUAAAUCACCUAAAUCAUAUUUAGAAAAAUACGAGCAAAAAUUAUCUGAAUUAGAGCAACAUGAACAGCAAGUUCCUCAGGUGAUCACUAUACCAGUAAUUGAUAAACAAUCUAUGGAGGUAAAACAAGAUGUUCCACAACAACAAACUCAACUUUUAUUACAAAGUGGUUUACCAGAUCAAGGAAUUCCACUUCAAAUUGUUUUACCUCAUAGUAGCUUUCAAACUACUAGUCAAGAUUUUGAAAAUGAUGAAAGCGAACAUCAAGAGGAAUCUCAAAUUUCUGAUGAAGUUUCACCUCCAGUGAUAUCUAUAACUUUAGCAAAAGAUGAUAAACAUGAUGAUAAUUUUACCGAUUCUAACUUACUAAAUGUUCCAAGUAAACCAAAAUCAGAAACCUCCUCAUUACAUGAAGUUCCUCUUUAA